CUUAAGUCUUGUCCUGACAGUAUAAAAAUCCAUUAACAAGACCAUAUGCUGCCUUUUCAGAGCCUUAGUAGCACUGCCUCAUACAACACACGUUUUCCUGAUACAGAAGCGGGAAGAGUUUCUUUGGCCCACUUGGAGGCUUCCUUGGGACACGAACCAAAGAUGGCCGAUCAAAACUCAGCCGGCCCCGAAUCACAUAGAGACCUUGAUGCCAUUAAGACCGAGAGCAGUGGGGAAUUCUGGGAAAUAAUAGUGCAGAAGGUCCACGUUGAUGACACGGUCAGCUCAGACGUCCAGCUCCAGCAUUUCAGGCAGUUCCGCUACCAGGAGGCUGAGGGGCCCCGAGAAGUUUGCAACCAGCUUCACGAUCUUUCCCGUCGGUGGCUGAAGCCGGAGCGACACACGAAAAACCAAAUCCUGGACCUGGUGAUCCUGGAGCAGUUCCUGACCAUCCUGCCAGCGAAGAUGGCGAACUGGGUGAGGGAAUGCGGAGCGGAGACCAGUUCCCAGGCAGUGGCCCUGGCAGAAGGCUUCCUCCUGAGCCAGGCAGAGGACCAGAGGCAGCAACAGCAGCAGCAGGUAAAGACAGAGUUUGCAGAAGUGGGACCUGAUUUCCCUGCAGCAGAAAGGGCUCCACCAGACACCGGGCAGAACCCCCCGCAAGCAGAGAUCAAGCAGGAGGUUGACGGACAUUUCUGCUUGCAGGGGGAUAGAAUGACGCUGACAAUAGGUACUCAGCCAUCUCUUCUUUGUGAUGGAGUGGAGCCGGAGCAGGGUCUGGUGUCUUUUGAGGAGGUUGCCGUGUGCUUCACGGAGGAGGAGUGGGCCCUGCUGGAUCCUGACCAGAGAGCCCUGCACAGGCAGGUCAUGGAGGAGAACCGGGGGAUCGUGGCCUCUCUCGAAGGCAGGAGGUUUUUGAGAAACACGACAUCGCCCUUUCUUCGACACACUCCGUCGCAUCCUCCGUGGGGUUGCGAGCGUCACCCCAAAGGCCUCAGGGCUGGGCUUUCAACAGUAAAUGCUGAGGACUACCUGGACGAAGGAGAGGGCUUCAGCGAGGAAAUCCUGCCUGCAGAAGCACCUGCUACGCAGCAGCGGCUGCCCAAGGAAUACCCCAGCCCUCCUCCAAACGCCGUGCACAACACUGCUGGUGAGUGCCUCAGCAGGUGGCGUCCCCGGCCCUAUCCCGGAUCAUAG